UUGCAGCAUCUUUACCCAGUCGUCCCUGUGAUUGGCGUACUAACUGAUAAAAAGGCAUUCAUGCCUAUUCUUGACGCUGCUGAGGUGGAAACUAUAUUCGAUGCACCCCUAGAAAUGUUUCUCAAGGAUGAAAAUCAUAUGUGGGAGGAGCACGUAUUGCUGUGUAAGAAGUAUGUGAUGCAUUAUUUCGGCUAUGAAACUGAUAACAGGAAGUUUGUCAUAUGGGGUUUAACGUCAAGUAUACUGAUUUACGCUGCUUCAGUUGUAUACCAGAGGCAACCUUUCUUUCCCGGAACGAAGCCAGAUUACGUGCACUAUAUACGCUCAAGGACAUAAAAUAAGGUUUUAGGGCUUAAUUUGUCGCCGUUUCUUUUGCUCCA